GGGGCGGUGGCCCAGCGGCGGGAGAUUCAAACCUGGAAGGAGGAACAUGGAGGGGAGAGGAGCUGGCCCUGGCCGGGCGGCCUACGAACGCCUCACAGCUGAGGAGAUGGAUGAGCAGAGGCGGCAGAACCUUGCCUAUCAGUACCUAUGCCGGCUGGAGGAAGCCAAGCGCUGGAUGGAGGCCUGCCUGAAGGAGGAGCUUCCUUCCCCGGUGGAGCUGGAGGAGAGCCUCCGGAACGGGGUGCUGCUAGCCAAGCUGGGCCACUGCUUCGCACCCUCUGUGGUUCCUGUGAGGAAGAUCUAUGACGUGGAGCAGCUGCGAUACCAGGCAACUGGCUUGCAUUUCCGCCACACGGACAACAUCAAUUUUUGGCUGUCUGCAAUAGCUCACAUCGGCCUGCCUUCGACCUUCUUCCCAGAGACCACGGACAUCUAUGAUAAGAAGAACAUGCCCCGGGUGAUCUACUGCAUCCAUGCGCUCAGUCUCUUCCUCUUCCGGCUGGGGCUGGCCCCUCAGAUACACGACCUGUACGGCAAGGUGAAGUUCACAGCCGAGGAACUCAGCAACAUCGCCUCUGAGCUGGCCAAGUACGGCCUCCAGCUGCCGGCCUUCAGCAAGAUCGGGGGCAUCCUGGCCAGCGAGCUCUCCGUGGAUGAGGCUGCAGUCCACGCAGCUGUCCUGGCCAUCAAUGAGGCGGUGGAGCGAGGGGUGGUCGAGGACACCCUGGCUGCCUUGCAGAAUCCCAACGCUCUUCUGGGGAAUCUUCGAGAGCCCCUGGCAGCCAUCUACCAGGAGCUGCUGGCCCAGGCCAAGAUGGAGAAGGCUGCCAGUGCCAGGCACCACGAUGAUGGAGGAAGCCCGGACAUCUAUGACCACUACCUGACUCAGGCUGAAAUCCAGGGCAACAUCAACCAUGUCAAUGUUCAUGGGGCUCUAGAAGUUGUCGAUGAUGCCCUGGAAAGACAGAGCCCUGAGGCCCUGCUUGAGGCCCUUCAAGACCCUGCCCUGGCCCUGCGAGGGGUGAGGAGAGACUUUGCCGACUGGUACCUGGAGCAGCUGAGCACAGACAGAGAGCAGAAGGCACAGGAGCUGGGCCAGGUGGAACUUCUGGAAAAGGAGGAGGUCCAGGCUGGUGUGGCUGCAGCCAACAUGAGGGGUGAUCAGGAGCAAGCCAUGCUCCAGGCCGUGCUGCGGAUCAACAGAGCUAUCCGGAGGGGUGUGGCAGCUGACACGGUGAAGGAGCUGAUGUGCCCCGAAGCCCAGCUGCCCCCGGUGUACCCGUUUGCCUCAGCUACGUACCAGCAGGAGCUGGCGGUGCUCCAGCAGCAGCAGCAGGGGGAGCUCGGCCAGGAGGAGCUCUUUGUGGCUGUGGAGAUGCUCUCGGCCGUGGCCCUGAUUAACCGGGCCCUGGAGGCCAGGGAUGUCAGUGGCUUUUGGAACAACUUGCGGAGCCCCGCUGCAGGCCUGGCCGAAGUGGAAGGAGAAAAUGCUCAGCGUUACUUUGAUGCCCUGGUGGAGCUGCGACAGGUGCGUGGAGCAGACGGGGCCUUCCUGAGCUGGAACGACCUGCAGGCCGCUGUGAGCCAGGUCAAUGCUCAGGCCCAGGAAGAGACCGAUCAGAUCCUUGCUGUCAGCCUCAUCAACGAGGCUCUGGACCAGGGCAGCCCUGAGAAGACCCUCUCCGCCCUGCUGCUCCCCGCGGCUGGCCUAGACAACGUCAGCCUCCCUGUCGCCCCUCGGUACCAUCUUCUCCUCGUGGCAGCCAAAAGGCGGAAAGCCCAGGUGACAGGGGACCCCGGGGCGGUGCUGUGGCUGGAGGAGAUCCGCCAGGGAGUGGUCAGAGCCAACCAGGACACGGACAUAGCCCAGAGAAUGGCUCUUGGGGUGGCCGCUAUCAACCAGGCCAUCAAGGAGGGCAAGGCGGCCCAGACGGAGCGGGUGUUGAGGAACCCCGCCGUGGCGCUCCGAGGGGUGGUUUCUGGCUGUGCCGACAGCUACCAGCAAGCCCUGGAAGAUGCCAUGGCAAAGAAGCGGCAUCCAGGGAACACAGCCUUCUGGGUUCGGCAUGGCAUGAAGGAUGGUGCCGCCUACUACUUCCAUCUGCAGACCUUCCAGGGGACCUGGGAGCCACCUGCCAACUGCCACCUUAACGCCUCCCACCUGACUCGGGAGGAGAUCCAGUCGGCUGUCACCAAGGUCACUGCUGCCCAUGACCGCCAACAGCUCUGGAAGGCCAACGUCGGCUUCGUCAUCCAGCUCCAGGCCCGCCUCCGCGGCUUCCUCGUUCGGCAGAGGUUUGCCGAGCGCUCCCACUUCCUGAGGACCUGGCUCCCGGCCGUCCUCAAGAUCCAGAGUCACUGGCGGGGGGUGGGACAGCGGAAGGCUUACCUGGAGCGGCUGCAGUGUUUUAAAGCAAACCUGGAUGCCGUAAUCAAGAUCCAGGCCUGGGUCCGGAUGUGGGCAGCUCGGAGGCGCUACCUGAGGCGUCUGCACUACUUCCAGGAGAAUGUUGACUCUGUGGUGAAGAUCCAGGCAUUUUUCAGGGCCAGGAAGGCCCGGGAUGACUACAGGAUGUUAGUGCACGCGCCCCACCCCCCGCUCAGCGUGGUGCGCAGGUUCGCCCACCUCUUGAACCAGAGCCAGGAGGACUUCAUGGCUGAGGCAGAGUUGCUCAGGCUGCAGGAGGAGGUGGUCAGGAAGAUCCGAUCCAAUCAGCAGCUGGAGCAAGAUCUCAACCUCAUGGACAUCAAGAUCGGUUUGCUGGUGAAGAACCGAAUCACCCUGCAGGAGGUGGUCUCCCACUGCAAGAAGCUGACCAGGAAGAAUAAGGAACAGCUGUCGGAUAUGAUGGUUCUGGACAAGCACAAGGGACUGAAGUCGCUGAGCAAAGAGAAACGGCAGAAGCUAGAAGCAUACCAACACCUCUUCUACCUGCUCCAGACUCAGCCCGUCUACCUGGCCAAGCUGAUCUUUCAGAUGCCACAGAACAAAAGCACCAAGUUCAUGGAGGCUGUGAUUUUCAGUCUGUACAACUACGCCUCCAACCGCCGAGAGGCCUAUCUCCUGCUCCAGCUCUUCAAGACGGCGCUCCGGGAGGAGAUCCAAUCCAAGGUAGAGCAGCCCCAGGACGUGGUGACGGGCAACCCCACAGUGGUGAGGCUGGUGGUGAGAUUCUACCGUAAUGAGCGGGGACAGAGCGCUCUGCGGGAGAUCCUGGGCAAGGUUAUCCAGGAUGUGCUGGAGGACAAGGUGCUCAGCGUCCACACAGACCCCGUCCACCUCUACAAGAGCUGGGUCAACCAGACAGAGGCCCAGACAGGGCAGCGCAGCCAUCUCCCCUAUGACGUCACCCCGGAGCAGGCCUUGAGCCACCCCGAGGUCCAGAGGCGACUGGACAUCUCUCUGCGCAGCCUCCUCGCCAUGACGGACAAGUUCCUCGUAGCCAUCACCUCCUCUGUGGACCAGAUCCCGUACGGGAUGCGGUACGUGGCCAAGGUCCUGAAGACGGCUCUCACAGAGAAGUUCCCCGACGCCAAGGAGAGCGAGGUCUACAAGGUGGUGGGGAACCUCCUGUACUACCGCUUUCUGAACCCAGCCGUGGUGGCCCCCGACGCCUUCGACAUCGUGGCCAUGGCAGCAGGCGGUGCCCUGGCCGCCCCCCAGCGCCACACCCUGGGGGCUGUGGCUCAGCUCCUGCAGCAUGCCGCGGCCGGCAAGGCCUUCUCUGGGGAGAGCCAGCACCUGCGGGUCCUGAACGACUACCUGGAGGAGACGCACCUCAAGUUCAGGAAGUUCAUCUGCAGGGCCUGCCAGGUGCCAGAGCCCGAGGAGCGUUUCGCCAUGAACGAGUAUUCAGACAUGGUGGCUGUGGCCAAGCCCGUGGUGUACAUCACUGUGGGGGAGCUGGUCAACACGCACCAGCUACUGCUGGAGCACCAGGACUGGAUUGCUCCUGACCACCGCGACCCCCUGCAUGAGCUCCUGGAGGACCUCGGGGAGCUGCCCGCCGUGGCUGACCUCGUCGGGGAGAGCGUGGCUGCAGACGGGCACGUGGAUCUGAGCAAGCUGGAAGUGUCCCUGACCCUCACCAGCAAGUUUGAAGGGCUGGAGGCAGACACCGACGACACCAGUGCCCGGAGCCUGCUCCUGAGUACCAAGCAGAUGCUGGCCGAUAUCCUGCAGUGCCACCCUGGGGACUCCCUCCAGGAGGUCCUGUCCCUCUCGGCUUCCAGAGAGCAGGAAGCAGCCCACAAGCGGCUGAUGUGCCAUCGCCAGGCCUGGGAGGCCCAGACCACGGAGCCGACCCUGCGCCGCCUCGAGAGCCUAGGGUUGGUCAGUGCCCACGACGGCUACCAGGGGCUAGUGGACCAGCUGGCCAAGGACAUCCGCAGCCAGCGCAGGCACCGGCAGCGGCGGAAGGCCGAGCUGCGGAAGCUCCAGGCCACCUUCCAGGGCCUGUGCUCCAAGACCACCUUCUACGAGGAGCAGGGCGACUACUACAGCCAGUACAUCCGGGCCUGCCUGGACCACUUGGCCCCCCGCUCCAAGAACUCUGGGAAGGGGAAGAAGCAGCCUUCUCUCCAUUACACUGCCGCCCAGCUCCUGGAAAAGGGCGUCCUGGUGGAAAUUGAAGACCUUCCCGCCUCGCACUUCCGAAACGUCAUCUUUGACAUCACCCCUGGAGAUGAGGCAGGACAGUUUGAAGUAAAGGCCAGGUUCCUGGGUGUGGACAUGGAGCGAUUUCAGCUUCACUAUCAGGACCUCCUACAGCUGCAGUAUGAGGGUGUGGCCGUCAUGAAGCUCUUCAGCAAGGCCAAGGUCAACGUCAACCUUCUCAUCUUCCUCCUCAACAAGAAGUUCUUGCAGAAGUGAAAGAGGUGGGAGCUGCCCAAGCCCCUCAUACCUCCGGAUGCUUUUCUAUUUCUUUUUUUUUUUUUUUUUUAAGUUUUGCUGUGGGGCUUGUUUGCUCACUGAAGAGACAGAGAAAGAGAGAGAAAGUGAGAAGU